AACAUUUGAAUAUGUUCCCAAUGAUGUGGAACAAAUGGAGAUUUAGUUGCGGAGUGAUUUAGGAAUGCAAAAAUCUGAGACAGUCUUUGAUUUUUUUUGUAAUAAGCUAUUCAAACUGUAAUUUUACUUUAAUAACCUAGAUACCCUUUUUUAUUUUGUUCGAAACCCAUAAAAUGAGGUGCAAACUUGUGGUCCCACACUUUCACUGGACAAAAGAGGCGAUCCCUCCCUGGGUUUACGCAAACGCACUAGCUGUGUGUACGCAGGAUGCCAAGUGAAGGGCCGAGAUUCAGCAGAUACGCACGGAGCUUGAGUUGGGGACGAACAUCUCCAACAACACAUCAAAAACAAGCCUUUCUUUGUGUCUUCUGGACACUGGCUAAAACAUUUAACCGGACUAUUCUAGUGGGAUUUUUUCUGUGACUGCGAGAAUAAGCAACGCGGUAAAGAUGACGGGUUAUGAACUAACUAGAAGUGUCUCUCUUGUUUUGGAAUUGAAUGAAGUGUGUUGUGCACCACCAAGGCCAUGACAGAGGCAGCCUUUACAUACAGAUGUGUUCUCAGUCUCUAGCUACCGGAUAAUAGCUAGCAAAACCUAAGUUAUAAUAGGCAUAUACGUUUAGUCAUGACAUCUAACUGAAAUAGGUAGCUAGCUGGCUAGCUAUAUGUUUUAUUUUUGGUAGCUAGCUAUCUCAGAUAGCAUAGAGCUAGCCAGUUAGCUAGCUGACGAACUUGUUUUAUUAGCUAGUUAACUCCGUCCAAGGAGCACCUGAGCUAGCUACCGUUAGCUAAUUAGCAUUCUAGCUAGUAAAUGAGACCUUUUUAACGUUUUGAGUUGCUGGCCAGUUAGCUAACUACAGUAACACUUUAGUCAUAUCUGACUAUCACGUUGUAGCUAACUAAAUGUUAGCGUAUAGGUUUUUCACUUUUUUAAAUGUACUAACUUACCAGUAACGUUAGUUAACGGUAAUAUAUACAUUUUUUUUUUUGCUUCUUUGUAAAUAGUUAGCAUUACCUUACUCGGCUAGGUGUAUGAUUUUUAGCUAGCUAGUAUUCUAUUAGCUUAGCUAGUUGAAGCUGACUUUUUCCACCGUGCCUGGACUGACCAAGCCACCAGGACUAACCGGGGGCCGAUGCUGACAGACCACACCGGAUCACGGCAACGUAAGGAGCCAUGCAGCCGCAACAAAUAUACGACUUUUCAAGUGACGAGAACAGUCACAAAUGGCGAGGCCUCUUCGUGCAAGCGUUGCGAAAGGUGCAGCUGCAGGUGCACCCCACCCUGUCAGCCAAGGAGGGAGCUCUGCAGCACAUCGAAGAGCUGAUCCUGCAGCUGCUCAACAUGCUGUGUGUGGUCCAGCCACGGUCUGUACAGGACGUGGAGGAGCGUGUCCAGAAGACCUUCCCCCACCCCAUAGAUAAAUGGGCCAUAGCUGACGCCCAGUCGGCCAUCGAGAAGAGGAAGAGGAGGAACCCCCUACUGCUCCCUGUUGAUAAGAUACACCCUCUACUCAAGGAGGUGCUGGGUUAUAAGAUAGACUACCACGUCUGCCUCUACAUCGUGGCGGUGCUAGAGUACAUAUCAGCUGACAUCCUGAAGCUAGCAGGAAACUACGUUGGUAACAUCAGACACUAUGAGAUCAGCCAGCAAGACAUCAAGGUGUCCAUGUGUGCAGACAAGGUCCUAAUGGACAUGUUUGACCAGGACGAGGACAUGGGUCUGGUGUCUCAGUGUACGGAGGAGCCGUCGUCGUCGGGGGAGCUGACCUACGAUGACCUGGUGCGCUUGGAGAUCGCAGAGGAGCGCCAGUACCUACGGGAGCUCGACCUCAUCAUCAAGGUGUUCCGACAUCACUUCCUGUUCAACAACAAAAUCUUCACGCCUCAGGAUGUGGAGGUUAUCUUCAGUAACAUUUCAGACAUUCAUGAGCUGACGGUCAAACUUCUCGGGCUGAUAGAGGAUGCGGUGGAGAUGACCGCUGACACUAGCCCUCAUCCUCUGGUGGGCAGCUGCUUCGAGGACCUGGCAGAGGAGCAAGCGUUUGAUCCGUACGAGACCCUGUCACAGGAUAUCCUGUCCAGACAGUUCCACGAGCACUUCAGCAGCCUGAUGGCCCGGCCUACUGUAGGACUAUACUUCCAGUCCAUAGCUGAAGGUUUCAAGGAGGCAGUUCAAUACGUCCUGCCACAGCUCAUGAUGGUUCCUGUAUACCACUGUUUACACUACUUUGAACUACUGCAGCAGCUGCAGGAGCACAGCGAGGAGCAGGAUGACCGAGAGGGUUUGAAGCAGGCCAUCACCGCUCUGCUUAACCUCCAGUGUAGCGUGGAACGCAUCUACACCAAACACCUGCCCCGACGCAAGCCUGGUGAGCCCAUGUACCGCCUGUACAGCCGUCAGGUGCGCAGCAAGCAGCUGGCCAUCAAGAGGAUGAACGAGAUCCAGAAGAGCAUCGACGGCUGGGAGGGGAAGGACAUCGGCCAGUGCUGUUCCGAGUUCAUCCUGGAGGGGGCGCUCCUCCGAGCCGGCGCCAAACACGAGCGACACAACUUCCUGUUUGACGGCCUCAUGAUCAGCUGUAAGGCCAAUCAGAGCUCCCGACUCCCCGGCUCCGGAAGCGGGGCGGAGUUUCGUCUCAAGGAGAAGUUCGUCCUACGGAAAGUCCGCAUCGUGGACCGCGAGGACUCGGCGGAGUUAAAACACGCCUUCGAACUCGUCGGUAAAGACGAGAACUGUGUGGUGUUCUGCGCCCGCUCGGCGGAGGAGAAGGGGGCGUGGAUGGCGGCGCUGGUCACCCUGCAGUAUCGCUCCACACUGGACCGUAUGCUAGACACUGUCCUACAGCAUGAGGAGCAGGCCCAGCCCCUCCGCCUGCCUUCCCCGGAGCUUUACCGCUUCGCUGUGCACGACUCUGAGGAGAACAUCGUGUUUGAGGACCGUGUCCAGAGCAAGACGGGGAUACCUAUUAUUAAGGCUGGGACGGUGGUCAAGCUUAUAGAGAGGCUUACAUACCACAUGUACGCUGAUCCCAACUUUGUACGCACCUUUCUGACCACCUACCGGUCAUUUUGCAAGCCCCAGGAGCUCCUGAGGCUGUUGAUAGACAGGAUUGAGAUCCCCGAGCCAGAGCCCACAGAGGCAGACAAACAGGCUCUAUGGAAUGGGGAUCAGCCAAUGGCUGCAGAGCUACAGAGGUUCCGCAGGGAGUACGUCCAACCCGUCCAACUCAGGGUCCUGAAUGUGUUUCGUCAGUGGGUGGAACAUCAUUUUUAUGACUUUGAGAACGACCCCGAGCUACGAGGCAAACUGGAGGAGUACAUCAGCAGCAUUCUACAGCUCCGAGGCAAGUCUAUGAGGAAGUGGGUGGAGUCCAUCAACAAGAUCAUCAAGAGGAAGAUGCAGACUCAGUCUAACGGGGUCAGCCACAACAUCACCUUCGAGAGCCCGCCCCCGCCCAUCGAGUGGCACAUCAGCCGCCUGGGUCAGACGGACACCUUUGACCUGAUGACCCUUCACCCCAUAGAGAUCGCCCGCCAGCUCACCCUGCUUGAGUCUGAACUCUACAGGGCUGUGAGGCCGUCUGAGUUGGUGGGGAGUGUGUGGACCAAAGAGGACAAGGAGAAUAACUCUCCCAACCUGCUGAGGAUGAUCCGUCACACCACCAACCUCACGCUGUGGUUCGAGAAGUGUAUUGUGGAAGCAGAGAACCUGGAUGAGAGAGUAGCAGUGUUAACGCGGGUCAUUGAGAUCCUUCAGGUGUUUCAGGAGCUCAACAACUUCAACGGUGUUCUGGAGGUGGUCUCUGCCAUCAACUCUGUCCCCGUCUACCGGCUCGACCACACCUUCGAGGCGGUCCCCGAGAGGAAAAAGCGGAUCCUAGAGGAAGCAGUGGAACUGAGCCAGGACCAUUUCAAGAAGUACCUGGCCAAGCUCAAGUCCAUUAACCCGCCCUGUGUGCCUUUCUUUGGUAUCUACCUGACCAACAUCCUGAAGACAGAGGAGGGGAACCCCGACUUCCUGAAGAGACACGGCAAAGAGCUGAUCAACUUCAGUAAGAGGAGGAAAGUAGCAGAAAUCACAGGAGAGAUACAGCAGUACCAGAACCAGCCUUAUUGUCUCAAGGUCCAGCAGGACAUCAAGAGGUUUUUUGAGAACCUGAACCCGAUGGGCAGUCUGGGUGAGAAGGAGUUCUCUGACUAUCUAUUCAACAAGUCUCAGGAGAUUGAGCCUCGUAACUGCAAGCAGCCGCCACGAUUCCCCAGGAAGACCCUGUACCCUCUGAAGUCCCCGGGGAUCCGGCCGGUGCGUACCUCUACGUCAGGGACCCUGAAGGGUCACCCCGUACCCCUGGAGAGAGAGCCCCCCCACAAGAUCACCUUCAGGAGCAUCGCCGAGACGGAGCCUGAGACCUCUUCCAUCGCCUCAGGCCCCACCUCACCCAGCACCCCUACGCCCCCACAGUCUGCCUGCUCAGACCUCAGCUCUGUCUUCAUGGAGCCUGACCUCUAUAGUGUCUAUGGUGGCUCAACUUCUCUAUGUGGCCAUUUUAUAUCAGGUGGAAACUCCAUAUUCACUUCUGUUCUGCCACCCUCAAAGUUCCACUCAGUAUCUUGUGGAAGCCUUCACCAGCUAGGAGAGGAGUUACUCAAGCCCCCUCCACUUCCCCCUCGCAGGAAGGAUGCUUUAUCUGAGGCCAAGUUGAGUUCCAGGUCUAAAGGUCCCCCAGCCAUCCCUCCCAGGCUGCCCCCUCCUCUCCCCAGGGUCCAGCCCCGCGCCCCAGUCUGCGACAGCCCCCUUCCCAGCCCCCCACUUCCACCGCCCCGGGACCCCCAGCCAGACACCCCUCCACCCGUCCCCCAGAAGCCACCAGAGAUCUUCAUUAACUACCCCCUGAACCUUCAACCCUCCCCCGUCGGCCGCUUCCACUGGGAUUUCGGCAGUUCCCCCUCUUCCCCUGGAACGCCCCCGGGUACCCCCUCGCCCCGAGUCCCACGACGGAACUGCCUGCUCAGCGCCAGCCAGAACAGUCUCUGCCCGCUCCCCCUGCCCAUCAUGGCCCCACCUGUACCUCCCCGUCACAACUCCUCCUCCCAGCUUCCCAAACUUCCCCCAAAGACCUACAAGAGGGAGCUGUUGCCGCCCCCUUUACAGAGCCUCUCAUUGGUGGAGAGCACAGAGGGUAGCCAAUGAGGAGCCUCCUUGCUUCUUUUGUUGUUUCCUUAUCAUGGCUGCUGCUCCACACAAUACAAACUGUAUCAAACUAUGACCUCGUGACACAGAGCGAUUUUAAAAACAAACUAAUCAUGAUUUUUAAAAGCUACUGAUCGUAACAAAGAUUCCAAACCCCUCCCGCUCAUCUCCUACAUUGACCAAUCACACCACGGCCACUCCUCUCAGGGUAUCAGUAGCCCCACCUUCAUUUCAAUCCACACCAGUGUGCCAGCCAAUGAACAAGGAGCUUAGACACUGAUUUUUAAACUCCUCCUCUGUGUGUGCAGUGCACUUCACACACCUGUACACAACACUGACUCUGUCACUUUCUUCAUAUAGAUAUUCUACUCUGUACUAGACAGGACAGUAUGCCAUAGUCCAGCACUAACUCUCCUACCCCCAGAAGAGAGACUGUGCUGAACCAAGAAAGGAGAGGGGUGGCUGGGGCCUCUUCAGCCUGUCCUGGUGGCUGGGGACUAUACAGACCAGUAUGACACUUCCAUCAGCAUGGACAGGUCUUCUCACUGCCAACGCUUUGUGUGGAUCUAUGGGCAUUGGUUGCAUUGGCACACAGUAGUGUUGCGAACACCAUUCACUCGUCCUCCCCGGGAGUCAGUCCUCCUGCCCUGUGGCUCUCGGACGGACGGACAGACCUCAGUGCUCUGUUAUCAUCAAACUAAUCAAACACAUUUACUGUGGUUCUGUCUGGAACGAGCACGAGAAUCAAGGUGUUGAAGUUCUCCUCGUGAGGCCCCUCCUGUUUGUGUCCACUCCCAUCUUAGUGACCAGUCCUAUGUUCUGCAGGGGGUAUAUAAGGGAUUCAUGUUUUGAGGAAUGACUAACUAAAAAUUGAUAUUUUCAUCCAGUCGUUCAGACAUACCAACUUUGAUCUUUGUCACACUGAAAUCCUUCCCCUCCUUUUUGUUGUCUUCACUGAACUGAGUAGAACUGUGACUGUAAUGGGCGUGAGCUCAGCGGUAUUCACAGGGCUGUGUACUGUGUGGUACAGGAAGACCAUACAGCCCUGGACGUGGGGUCCUCGCUGUAGUUGGUAGCUACAUACAACCCUGCUGGUCCUAGAACUACCCUCCAUUUCAGAUGUUGCCUUUAACCCCACAGCACUGACCUCUGUGGACCUCUGCUAGGGGGACGGCCAGGCGGGUGUUCGCUCCACUUGCACAUAGAGCUUGGUCAACGUUUGUCACGUCUACCCUUUUUUUUGGUCAUAUGAUGGAUAUCAAAGAGCUCCGAUCUAGGAAGAGGAGGAGGGUUAACGACAAGAUGUCAUCACAUCACUGGCAGAGGAGAGAGAACAGCAGCCAGACCUUUAUCUGUCCAGGGUAGCUAGCAGAUUGUAACAAUGCUAAUGUGACGCUCCGUUAGCCGUUACAUGUUAGUUACUGUUUGGUGUAGUACAGAUCAACCAGACUUAACUUGUCCAUACUUCCCUCAAUUGUCGACAUGGAAGACAACCAAUGUCCUCUAAAAGUCCUUGUCUAGUGGCAGGGGGUUUGUUUGAAAUUUAGAAAAUGCAGCGUAAUUAAAUAAAUGAAAAUUGCUCCAUGAAGUAAUCCAACAUUGUGUAUGCCGCCAUCUUGUCUAUUUCAAAUAAAGGAGCAUUUUCUGAA